GCGCUGGGCGGGGCGGAGCGCGCGUGGACCUGGGCGCGCACCUCGCGGCGCUCCCCGGCGGCGGCCUCCGCUGCGUCCCCGGGGCCGCGCCCCCCCGGGUGCUGGGACCCGCGGGCGCUCGGGACUCGCCUGUGCGUCCGCCCGCUGGGUUUUGCAGAGACUUAAGACUGUUGAGCCGGCGCGUCUGCGGCAGGAAGAAGCACCCAGACAAGGGAUUGUUCUAUGACUUCCUGAGAAAUAGUGAAAUGUCAGGUUCUUCACCAUUUAAGAUGCGAUUAGUUCAUUUGGACCUUAAAGGAGCUCCACCAAAGGUCUCCUACCUCUCUGAGGUCUUUCCUCUGUUCCAUGCCCUUGGCGCCAACGGGCUCCUCCUUGAGUACGAAGACAUGUUUCCCUACGAGGGCCACCUCAGGCUGCUGAGAGCCAAGCACGCGUACAGCCCCCCUGAAAUUAAAGAGAUCCUACAUCUGGCUACACUGAAUGAGCUCGAGGUCAUUCCGUUGGUGCAGACAUUUGGACACAUGGAGUUUGUGCUGAAGCACGAGGCUCUCGCUCACCUCCGAGAAGUGGCACUUUUCCCUAACACCCUGAACCCGCAUGAGGCUGAGUCCCUGGCGCUGGUGGGAGCCAUGAUCAGCCAGGUCAUGGAGCUGCACCCGGGUGCCCGGUGGCUCCAUGUCGGCUGCGACGAGGUCUACUACCUCGGGGAGGGCGAGGCCUCGAGACGGUGGCUGCAGCAGGAGCACAACACCAAAGCCAGACUGUGCCUGUCCCACAUGAAGGCGGUGGCCUGCCACGUGCUGGCCCGGCACCCGGCCACCAGGCCCCUGGUGUGGGACGACAUGCUGCGGGCCAUCCCCGAGGACCAGCUCGCAGCAUCGGGGGUCCCACAGCUGGUGGAGCCCGUGCUCUGGGACUAUGGGGCCGACCUGGACGUCCACGGCAAAGCUCUUCUCAUGGAAAAGUACCGGAAGUGUGGUUUUCUCCGGCUAUGGGCUGCCAGCGCCUUCAAGGGGGCCACGGGGGCGAGCCAGGCCCUGACCCCCAUCGAGCACCACCUCAGGAACAACGUGCAGUGGCUGCGGGUGGCGGCCAGGGGGCCAGCGGACAUGCUGCAGGGCAUCGUCCUGACCGGCUGGCAAAGGUACGACCACUUCUCGGUGCUGUGCGAGCUGCUGCCCGUGGGGAUCCCGUCCCUGGCUGUCUGCCUGCAGUCGCUCCUACACGGAGGUUUUGCCGAAGACGUUAAAGCAAGAGUGGAGAACUUCCUCGGGAUUUCAAACCUAGAAACGACUGACUUUACAGGCGAGGGCGCUGGCUCCUUCCCCGGCAGCGACAUCCUGGCCCUCGUCACGCAUGUCAGCCUCCACCUGCGCAGCUCCGUGGACGCGCUGCUGGAGAGGGACAGGUACGUGACCGGCUGGUUUGGCCCCUACCACCGCCGGCGGAAGCUCAUCCACCCCGUCAUGGUCCAGCACAUCCAGCCCCCGGCGCUCAGCCUCCUGGCCAGGUGGAGCACCGUGGUGCAGGAGCUGGAGGCCGCCCUGCGGCGCGUCUUCUACCCGGAUGCCGUGGAGGAGUGGCUGGAGGAGAACGUGCGGCCCAGCCUGCAGCGGCUGCAGGCCUUGCUGCAGGACCUGAGGGAGGCAGCCAGCGCCAGCCCCAGCGCCAGCCCGCAGGCGGGUCAGGACCCCUGAGGGCCAGGCCCUGCGUCCGGCUGAUGCCCGCCCCCGCCGCACCCACGGGGCAGACGGUUAGCGUCUGGAAGGCAAGUGGAAAACGUGCAAGGAAGACACGCAGAGGCCUGCUUCCUGACUGUGUAGAGCUUGUUGGGUUAAAAUAAAGAGCAGGACCCGGAACUCGUGCUGGUGGGAGUCAGACCUGGUGAUGACCUGGGGUCCGGCCAGCGGCUCAGGCCCACAGUGGGGCCUUCCUCACCCGGGGUCCCAACAGUCCCUCCUCGCCCUGGGGCAGCUUCGUCAGGAUGAUCACGCCAGAAACCAGUUACAGCAUUUCAUACUUUAUUUUAGAAAAAAGCUUUUGAAUUUUA